AUGAACUUCGUCUAUUUUCUCGUCGUAAUCUAUUUGAAUACCAUUUAUUGUUUACCACAAGUUCGUGUGCGUCCAAACUCGGCUGUCUUACCUUCAUCAUCCGAAGCACGUCUGAUAUGUGAAAGUACUGAUACACCAUUCAUAUCUGUUGCCUACUGGACGUAUAUUGGUCAACGGAUAGAAUUGAAUCCAUCGAUUAUUGAAAUGCAUGGGAAUGAAUUACGUCUAUUUCAAUUUGGUGAUACUGCUUACACACAGCCGGGAGCUUAUUCAUGCGUUGUUUCGACUCGUUAUGGUCUGUUGGAGAGUGAACCAGCAAUGUUGAGCUUACCAAUAUUGGACUCAUUUCCACCAAGCAAAAAUGAUAAUAAAAUUUUAAACUUAACCGAAGGAAAUACCGCGGUCAUAUCAUGUGAAUUGCCGAAUGGAAAUCCAAAGCCAAUACCAUUAUUCUCGCUCGAUAAUAAUCCGAUUGUAAUAGAACCGAAUUCAAAUCGUUACAAGAUUUUACCAAGUGGAAAUCUACAUAUUAUUGAUGCACAACUAUCGGACGCAGGAAAAUAUCAAUGUGCAGCUAAGAAUGUCUUAACUGGACAAAUUGUAAAUAAUAGUCAAACGACGACUCUGCAAGUAUCUCCUAGACCAUGGAAUGAGAAAGAAUAUCAGUCACUUUUUACUGUACAAAAACCACCGCCAGCUUCAAGGGUACUUGUCGGAGACAAUUUCUCUAUUGAAUGUGUUAUUGCUGGCUGGCCCAAACCGGUAGUUGAAUGGGAAAAAUAUGGAGAUGUUCUACCGGAAAAGCGAAGCGAAGUAACGUUUGGUACACUUUAUUUGUACAACAUACGAUUGGAAGAUCGUGGAACGUAUAUAUGUCGAGCAUCGAGUUCCAACGGCCAGUCUGAUAUCGCAUAUACAGCAUUAGUGGAAGUUCUAGAACCACCGAAAGUUAUUCAACGACCUGACUCACUGAUCCAAGUCAACGACGGUGACAGCGUUUCGAUUAAAUGUGGUUUUCGUGGUCGACCUGAACCUUUUAUUAGUUGGCUAUACAAUGGAGAAGAGUUCUCCAUAAAUGGUUCGCCAGUUACAGGUGGUGUUCUGUCAUUGAACCAACCAAAAGAAGGUAUCUAUCAAUGCGUUGGUCGAAAUGCCUAUGGAAUUGCUCAUGCCAGUACGGCUGUCGUUCUUCCAGAUGAUUCAAGUAAAAAUGAGAUGGAUAUUCCACCCACAAAGAAAUCAUUAAUCAUUUUUGGACCAAACAAUAUCACUGUAUAUGAAGGUGAAACAGUUCAGCUUCAUUGUUUAACGCAACCUGGCUCGACUGUACAAUGGUUACAUAACAACGAAAUAAUUAAUUUAAAUCAGAUGCGUCGUUUUGAAAUGCUUUCGUCUGGUGGUCUUCGCAUUGUUUCAGCACAAAGAUCCGAUAGUGGAAUCUAUGAAUGUAUCGCUUCAAAGAUCGGUUAUGAUACAAGUGCAGCCAAAUGUUUUGUCUAUGUGAAUGGUUUAGGAUUGAAUAUUCCUGUAUCCAAAUUGGAAAUUAUUGAUAUGAAACAAAUCGAUAAUCAUGCUGUUCGUUUGUCCUGGAAGAUCAAUGAAACGAUUGAGAAUUAUAUCAGUUCAAUUCAAGUACAGUAUCGUUUCAUUCAUCCAAAAACAUCCUGGAUGGCCACUGAUGGUAUUUAUAACCGCUCAACGAACUAUGCUGUUGUGCAGAAUUUGCAGCCAAGUCAAACGUUUAAGUUUCGUCUAGUUGGAUUUGAUAUGAAUGGAAAACAGUUAGUGAUCAGUGCAGCAAAACGAAUUGCAUUGGAAACAAUGAAAAAUCCAAUCAAUUCGAUCGUACCCGAAAUUGCAGAAGCUUGGAUUACGAAUGAUGGACAAAUCGGAUUGAAAUGGAAGUUAUUACAUAGCACUGGCAGUGAAAUGAUUGACGGUUUUGUGAUCUAUUACCGACGUACACGAUCGAAAGUAAAUUUUACGACAAUUUCAGUACCCAACAUGCGCUUUCCACCAAUUGAUACUUUUACUAUUUCAACUCUUCAAGCUGAUCAAGAGUAUGAAUUACGUAUGUCCACAUACUCCAGUCGUGGUGCAAGUUCAAUGAGUAAUUCUAUAAAAAUCUUCGUUCCUGCUGAGCAUCGUUCUCGCAAUAAUCAGAUAAAUUCUUUUACAAAUCUCGAUGAAAUUCUUGACAACAUCACUAAAAUCCAACAUCCGUCUUCCAUUAGACACCAUAUAAUCGCUUCGUCGGCACCUUCGACACAAAAGAGUUCGGAUAUGCUUUAUUUGACAAUUGGUAUCAUUUCUGGUGUACUACUGAUUCUCAUCAUUAUUUUAAUCGCUAUGUGCAUCCUACGAUUAAUACAACGCAAGAAACUCAUCGCGCAUGUUAAAUCCGCAAACGGUUCGGCCUACUACUGCGAUGGUUUACAUAAACCACUCAAUCCUGAUUAUGCAACAACUCCUUGUUUACAGCAUGGCGUUGUUUCAGUCGAUGGUAAAUUAGUACCAUUUGCUUAUCCAACUAAUCCAAGAUCACCGAAACUGUAUUAUCAUCGCAUACCAGCAAAUUCGACGAUUAAUGAAAACGGAACAUUACGCUUGAAUUCAAAUCCAAUGAAUCGUUUGGAUAAUGAUAACACACAGGAAAAUUUUUAUCAUACAUUAACGCCUCUCAACGCACACGGUCAUUAUGAAGAUUGUCAAUCACAUACAUGCUCGCGAAAUCAUUCAACUAUCUACGAACGAUCGUCAAAUUCAUCAUGCCCGAUACAUCAUCAUCAUCAUCUCGGUAACUAUUCGUCUGAUACACUUCCUUUGAAAAUGUCCUCGAAUAUGGAAUCUUCAUCGCAAAUGGGUGAGGCGCCAUUUUCACCCACACACUACCAUCAUGGUACGUGUCAACAGCAACGUAAAUGUAAAGGAAAUAUUGCAUCAUUAGUCAACAGAGGAUUAAUCGUUGAUCAAUCGGCGCCACCAUCCAGUACUGGUUCAUCAAAUUCAUCGAGUGGUAUUAGUUCAUCUAUGGAAUCACCCUACAAUCAUUGGAAAUAUUUAGUACCAUUAUCAGUGUCGACGACAACGACAACAGCAAUGAAUAAUAACAAUCAGCAUGUUUCAUCGCCCAUCAUUGAACCGAUACCAUUGACUUCAGCAUACCGUAAGCGUCCUGUUGAAAUAUCCGGAAAAAAAAAGUUGUGCUCAAGAUAA